CCGUAACAACAUCCCGUUGGCUUCCCUUAGGCGGCGGGACCUGUGCAGCCGCCGCCUCCCAGGAGCGCCCGCCCGCGCCCUCCCCGGCCCCAGGCCGCCAUGGCCACCAACCCGCAGCCGCAGCCGCCUCCUCCGGCGCCGCCGCCUCCCCCGCCGCAGCCGCAGCCGCCGCCGCCACCACCGGGCCCCGGGGCUGGUCCCGGCGCGGGCGGGGCAGGCGGCGCGGGGGCCGGCGGCGGGGACCCGCAGCUCGUGGCCAUGAUCGUGAACCACCUCAAGAGCCAGGGGCUCUUCGACCAGUUCCGCAGGGACUGCCUGGCCGACGUGGACACCAAGCCUGCCUAUCAGAAUUUGAGACAACGUGUUGACAACUUUGUUGCAAACCACUUAGCAACUCAUACAUGGAGUCCCCACCUCAAUAAGAACCAGCUAAGAAACAAUAUUAGACAGCAAGUGCUCAAAUCAGGAAUGUUGGAGUCUGGUAUCGACCGAAUCAUUUCUCAGGUUGUGGAUCCAAAGAUAAACCACACAUUCAGACCUCAGGUGGAGAAAGCUGUGCAUGAGUUUUUAGCCACGCUGAAUCACAAAGAGGAAGCAAGUGGCAGCAUAGCUCCAGAUGAUGAGAAACCAGACUCUUCCGUCAUUAUACAAGGUGUCCCUGCUCCUGGGCCCAGUGCUAAUGUAGCCAAUGAUGCCAUGUCAAUCCUAGAAACCAUAACUUCUCUUAACCAAGAAGCUAGUGCUGCCAGGGCUUCGACAGAAACGUCAAAUGCCAAGACCAGUGAGAGAGUAUCCAAAAAACUCCCAUCUCAGCCAAGCACUGACACUAGUACUGAGAAAGAGAGAACUUCAGAGGACAUGGCUGAUAAAGAAAAAUCUACAUCUGACUCUGCAGGGGACGGACAGGAAACAGCCCCUAAGUCCGAAGAAUUUAAUGAUCUCCCUUGUCCAGUGGAAGAAAUUAAAAAUCACACGAAAGAGAGUAGUAGUUCAAUUCUGCUAAAUAAGGAUGUUCAACAGGAAAACAGUGACCAAAAAAAUAAAUCAACAGACAAAGGUGAAAAGAAACCAGACAGCAACGAAAAAGGAGAAAGAAAGAAAGAAAAGAAGGAAAAGACUGAAAAGAAAUUUGAUCACUCAAAAAGGAGUGAAGAUACACAAAAAGUAAAAGAUGAAAAACAACCAAAGGAAAAAGAAGUAGAGUGUUCAAAACUUCCUUCAGAAAAGAACAGUAGUAAAGCUAAAACCAUCGAAGGGGCAAAAGAAGAUUGCUCUUUGAUAGAUUCUGAUGUGGAUGGACUAACAGACAUCACAGUUAGCUCUGUCCAUACCAGUGACCUUUCAUCUUUUGAAGAAGACACUGAGGAAGAAGUUGUAAUGUCUGAUAGCAUGGAAGAAGGAGAGAUUACAUCAGAUGAUGAAGAGAACAAGCAGAACAAAACAAAAACUCAAACCAGUGAUCCCAGUGAAGGAAAAGCAAAAAGUGUACGGCAUUCUUAUGUUCACAAACCAUAUCUUUACUCGAAGUAUUACAGUGAUUCUGAUGACGAACUUACUGUGGAACAACGGCGUCAGUCUAUUGCUAAAGAAAAAGAAGAGAGGCUUUUAAGAAGGCAAAUUAAUAGAGAGAAACUUGAAGAAAAACGAAAACAGAAAGCGGAAAAGACAAAGUCUUCAAAAGCUAAGAUUCAAGGCAAAAAUAGUGUGGACUUGGAAGAAUCAUCAACAAAGGCUUUGGAACCUAAAGCCCCCAGAAUUAAAGAAGUCCUUAAAGAACGGAAGGUUUUAGAGAAAAAAGUAGCCUUAAGCAAAAGAAGAAAAAAAGAUUCAAGGAAUGUUGAAGAGAAUUCUAAAAAGAAACAGCUAUCUGAAGAAGAUUCCAAAGAAACCCUCAAAACAAGUGAGCAUUGUGAAAAGGAAAAAGUGUCUUGUUCAAAGGAUUUGAAGCAUGUUCAUGCAAAAAGUGAACCAAGUAAACCUGCCCGGAGACUUUCAGAGUCUUUGCAUUCAGCUGAUGAGAGCAAAAAUGAGCCCAAACUAGAAAGAGAACAUAGAAGACGGACCUCUACCCCUGUUGUGGUGGAAGGGACACAAGAAGAGACUGAUACACGAGAUGGAAAAAGACAAGUAGAACGCUCAGAAGGUGGCACAGAAGAACCCCAGAAACAGAAAAGCACACUUAAAAAUGAAAAGCAUCUAAAGAAAGAUGAUUCUGAAACACCACAUGUGAAAAACCUACCUAAGAAAGAGGCGAAAUCCUCCAAGGAGAAGCCUGAAAAAGAGAAAACUCUGUCAGAAGACAAAUUGUCUAUGAAACAUAAAUAUAAAGGUGACAGUAUGCAUAAAACAGGUGAUGAAACUGAACUUCACCCUUCUGAGAAAGGUUUAAGGGUAGAUGAAAGUAUUCAAAAGCAAAGUCAACAAACAAAGCUUUCUUCAGAUGAUAAAGCUGAACGGAAAAGUAAACAUAGGAAUGAAAGGAAAUUAUCAAUUUUAGGCAAAGAUGGAAAGCCAGUUUCUGAAUAUAUUAUAAAAACAGAUGAGAAUGUUCGUAAAGAAAACAACAAAAAAGAGAGACACAUGUCAGCUGAAAAAACUAAGGCAGAGCACAAGUCAAGAAGAUCGAGUGAUUCUAAAAUUCAGAAAGAUUCUCUGAGUUCCAAGCAACAUGGUAUCACAUUACAGAGGAGAAGUGAAAGUUAUUCAGAGGAUAAGUGUGAUACUGACUCGACUAAUUUCGAUGGUAAUUCAAAACCAGAAGAGGUCAUUCACAAGGAGAGGCGAAGAACAAAGAGCUUGUUAGAAGAGAAACUUAUGUUAAAGUCUAAGUCAAAAAGUCAAGGCAAACAGUUAAAAGUAGUUGAAACAGAAUUACAAGAAAGUGUCACAAAACAGGUGACCACUCCAAAACCAGAUAAGGAGAAGAACACAGAAGAAAGUGACCCAGAUAGACAGCGAAAGUCUAAAGCUGAGGACAAACCUGAGGAAACUGGUCUUGAGCCCGUAUUAGAGGGUGCUGCUUCGGCACAUAGUACCCAGAAGGAUUCUAGUCACAGAGCUAAGUUACCAUUAGCAAAGGAGAAAUAUAAGAGUGAUAAAGAUUCAAGCUCCUCCAGACUUGAGAGAAAGUUAUCAGAUGGGCACAAAAGCAGAAGCUUAAAGCAUAGUAGUAAGGAUGUGAAAAAGAAGGAAGAAAACAAAUCAGAUGACAAGGAUGGUAAAGAAGUUGAUAGUAAUCAUGAAAAGGCCAGAGGGAAUAGUUCGGUCCUGGAAAAGAAAUUAAGUAGAAGGUUGUGUGAAAAUCGAAGAGGAAGCUUAUCCCAAGAAAUGACCAAAGGAGAAGAAAAAUUAGCAGCGAACACCUUGGGCACUCCCAGUAGCUCCUCCCUUCAGAGACCAAAAAAAAGUGAUGAUCCCACCUUGAUCCCUGAACAAGAGCCAAUGGAAAUUGAUUCUGAGCCAGCUGUUGAAAAUUUGUUUGAAGUAUCUAAAACCCAGGACAGUAGCAAUAAUAGUUCUCAGCAAGACAUUGACUCUGAAAAUGUUAUGAAACAAAAAACUACUGCCACAGCUCUAAAGGAUGAGUUAAGAACUUCCACAGUAGAAUCAAAAACAGCAACUCAAGCCUGUAAAUUGGGACAUGGAACAGGAGUCAUUAGUAAUUCUGAAAAGCACACUGACCAUAAAACCGCACUGACCAAGAAAGUGCAGAUCCAAAGUGCUGUGUCCAAACCGAAUCCCGGGGAGAAAGAACCCACUCAAGUAACUUGUGAAAUGAAUGUAGACUCUGAAACUAGUCAUAGAAUGUUACCUCAUGCCCUUUCAGAAAAUGACAAGGCACAAAAGAAUUUGAGAAACACAACCAAACCCACUGAAGAACAUAUUGCUCGAGGAGAUGCUGCUCUUGAACAUUCCACAGAUUUAGACCCCUCACCACCCUUAAGUUCAGUGACUGUUGUGCCUGAGAAACAAUCUCAUGAUUCAGAUGUAAUUCCUUUAGUUGACAAAAGAACUGUUUUAGAAGGUGGCACAGCUAGCACGUCACCUGUGGACCACUCUGAUAACCCUAAUCAAAGGUUGACUGUUAGGGAAUCAGAAAUCCCUGGGACAAGUAACAGCGAAGAAGGUGGUACAGUUUCCACAGUAGAUACACCAGCAAAAGCAAGCAUAGAUAGCAAAAGACACAUUCCAGAAGGCUACCAGGCUGCGGUACUGCAGAGUAAACAAGGGAAAGUAAACAUGCCUCUUGGUAGCAAGUUCAUGGACAUGGUUCUGGAAAAUGAGAAUGUUGACAAAGAAGGUGGCUUGACAGACUUGGCCAAGAAAGAAAGUGACUUAAGUACAGAGCCCAGUUCAAAGCAGACGUUUAGAGCUGCAGUAGAAAAUGACAGAAAUGAUGGCACUGCUGUUGACCAUGUGGUAGAUAUGAGUACAGAAAAAGAUGCUGAAACUGUUGAACUUAACCAUAGUAGAGGCCCAGGUAAAAUAGAAAACAUGUCAAUUGAUGUUGAAAGAAGGAAUGAAAACAAUGAGGUAGACACCAGUGCUGGAAGUAAUGCUGCAUCAUCUAUUUUACACCAAAGGAAUGGAAAAACUGAGAAUGUGACAGCUGGGUCUGAUAAAGCAGAAAAGAAUUCUAUUGCCACUAGCACUGAAGAGAAGGAGAAUGAUGUUAUCUUAAACCCAGUAAAGGCAGGGGAUGCCACAACCACUUCCUCAGAAACAGGAGAGGGUGAGGUGGCUGUGCCUUGCACAAGCAUUGAGGCAGAUGAAGGCUUCAUAACAGGUGCCUGCUCCAGGAACAGUCCUCUUCACAUUGGGGCAGGAGCCAGCGAAUGCACUGUUUUUGCUGCAGCUGAAGAAGGUGGGGGCGUUGUCACAGAGGGAUUUGCUGAAAGUGAAACUUUCCUUACAAGCACCAAGGAAGGAGAAAGUGGAGAGUGUACUAUGGCUGAAUCUGAAGAAACAGCAGCAGACCUCGUGACCGCUCACACUGUUAAAGUUGAAGAGAAUGUCAAUAGUGUUGUGACAGAAGAGAAAGAUGAUGCUGUAACCAGUGCAGGCUCUGAAGAAAAGUGUGAUGAUGGUUCUUCACAUAGAGACUCAGAAAUAGUUGAAGGAACUGUUACUUUUAUGGGUGAAGUUGAAAGUGAUGGAGCAGUAACGAGUGCUGGGACAGAAAUAAGAGAGGGAUCCUUAAGCAGUGAAGAGGCAGACGAAUUCCAGAGAAAUAUGAUGAGAAUGGGCCCCAUAAAAGAAACCGAGGGGACUGUGACAUGUACAGGAGCAGAAGAGAAAAGGGAUAACUUUGUUAUGUGCUCAGUAACUGGUGCAGGGCCACAGGUGGAGCACAUGGUUACAGGUGCAGCUGUGGUCCUGGUAGAUAAUAACACACCACCAGGAACAAGUGCUGCGCAAGAAGGAGAUGGUUCCGUGAAUGAUGGUACAGAAGGUGAAAGUGCAGUCACCAGCACAGGGAUAACAGAAGAAGUUGGAGAGGGGCCAGCAAGUUGCACAGGUUCAGAAGAGAGCAGCGAAGGCUUUGCUAUAAGUUCUGAAUCAGAAGAAAAUGGAGAGAGUGCAAUGGACAGCACAGUAGCCAAAGAAGUCACUAAUGUACCAUUAGUCGCUGCUGGUCCAUGUGAUGAUGAAGGCAUUGUAACCAGCACAGGUGCAAAAGAGGAGGAUGAUGAAGAUGAGGGUGUUGUGACUAGUACUGGAAGAGGAAAUGAAGUUGGGCAUGCUUCAACUUGCACAGGGAUAGAAGAAGAAAGUGAAGGGGUAUCAGUCUGUGAAAGUGCAGAAGAAGGGGACAGUCAGAUUGGUACUGCAGUAGGGCAUGUGGAAGCUGAGGCCGGAGUGGCCAUCACAAAUGCAAAUGAAAGUAAUGUUGAUAGCAUGAGUGGUGUGGAGAAGGAAAUUAAAGAUACAGAGAUCUGCUCCAGUGCAAAAGGGAUUGUAGAAAGCAGUGUGACCAGUGCAGUGUCAGGAAAGGGUGAAGCGGCACCAGUGCCUGAAGGUUACAAGGGUCCCAUGACUAGUGUGGCUUCAGAUCCAAGUGACAGUCAGCCCACCAGAAAAGAAAAAGUUGAAGAUACUAUUUCCACUGGCCUUGUGGGGGCCAGUUAUGAGGUACUUGUAUCUGGUGCAGUCCCAGAAUAUGAAGUUCAUCACACAUCACCGAGUGAGAAAGAGGAUGAAGGUAUCAUCACCUCCGUGGAAAAUGAAGAAUGUGAUGGCCUCAUGGCUACUACAGCCAGUGACAGUAUUACCAACCAAACUUGUUUAGCUGGGGGCAAAAGUCAAGGCAAAGGCUUGCUGAUUUCCACCAGUACAACAAAUGAUUACACCACUCAGUUAAACACGAUUGUAGACGUGGAAGAAGGUCAUUCAAGUGCUCUGAGAACUGAAGAAAAUAUGGAAGACACCAGAGUAAACAUGGAAGAAUUCGAGGCCCCCAUGCCUAGUGCAGUUUCAAGAGAUGAGAAUCAGCUCUCUGCUACAAGAACUGAAGAGAAAGAUGAGUGUGCCAUGAUUUCCACAAGCAUAGGGGAAGAAUUUGAAGUGCCUAUUUCCAGUGCAACAACCAUCAAAUGUGCUGAAAGUCAGCAGCCAAUUGCAACAGUUGAAGAAAGAGCUAAAGGUCCAAUCUUGGUAAGCACUGACGACUUCGAGGGGCCCAUGCCCAGUGCGCCCACAGAAGUUGAAAGUCCUCUUGCCUCAACCAGCAAGGAGGAGAAAGAUGAAUGUGCUCUCAUUUCCACCAGCAUAGCAGAAGAAUGCGAGGCCUCUAUUUCUGGUGUAGCUGUGGAGAGUGAAAAUGAGCGAUCUGUUACAGUCAUGGAAGAAAAAGACGGGAGUGCUAUCAUCUCAACAAGCUCAGUAGAAGACUGUGAGGGCCCAGUGUCCAGUGCCAUCCCUCAGGAGGAAAUCCAUCCCUCAGUCACACCAGCAGAAGAGAUAAGUGACACCACCAUGAUUUCCACAAGCACUUCUGAAGGACGGGAAGCAGUCAUGAUGGGUGCUGUUCCACCCGAUGAAGAUCAGCCCACUGUUGCAAGAAUGGAGGACUUGAGUGAUGCUGCCAUCAUCUCCACCAGCACGGCUGAAUGUGUGCUAAUUGUCACUGGCCUAGAGAGACAUGAAGAGAAUCAGCUGACUGCAAACAAUCCAGAAGGAAAAGAUGACCUGUCAGCCACAAAGGUGAGCAAGUGUGAGGUCCCUAUGCCCAGCCGAAUUGCUGAGAACAACUGUCAGCGUCCUGGGCCAUUCACAGAAGGAAAAGAAGUAGGCCCUGUCAUGGCUGUGAGCUCCCAGGAAGCACGAGACAGUACGUCAGUCAGCGUGCUCUCUGCUGGGGUAGGCCAGCCAGGUGCUGUGUGUGCACAAGAGAAAGAGAGGCGUGGCAAUGACUGUCCUGGCAAAGUACCUCUUGCAGGAAGAGGACAAAAUGAGAGCACCUUGCACCUCAUAAAUGCAGAAGGGAAGAGUGUAUGGUUGAGCUCUGCUGAGAGGGGAGAUAAAAGCCCUGAGGCAGGGACACCAGGGAACAGUACCCCGGGGAGCUGUUCAGCAGAUAGGGUCGUGGAGAGAAGUGCUGACUCACCUGUCCAUCUGAGAGGACCUGAGCAAACAUCUGGACAGACGGCUGAAGACUCCUCCAUCAGUAUUCACUGUUUGACAGCAGUAAAUACCGAUGCUAUAGAAGCUGAUGAUAUGCCACAAGUCAGAGACGCUGCAGUGGAGCAGUCCGCUCUUCCUCCUGACCAGGGGGGGACUGAGGGCAACUUUAAAACCACCGCCACUGGCUGUAUUAAUGGCCAAGAAGCAGAAAUUGCUCCUUCCCACACAACAGUCCUUCCAGCUGCAUUUUCGGCUCCUAAAUGUGAGCAGGACUUGACGGUAAAGAUUGAUCACAGUGGCAAAUGGACUGUUCAAGCAUCCGCUGAGAAAACGGGAGAUGGUAAUGGCAUGACAAAAUCCUUCCAGGAGGAAGGAGACCUGGAGGUCACUGUUUCUUCCGAAGAAAAUUUGUGUAACAAAGGCAAUGAAGAGUCUUCAUCGAGUGUUUUGGGAGCAUUGGAACUGAAAGCCAACUUGAAAACUGAGACAUUUGUACCAACAGAGGAAGAGAAAAACCAUGAAAUUGUAGCACCACCAGAAAGUCCAUGUGGGAGAAAGCCAAGUGGACUAGUCUGUUGCUAUUUGUUGUCUUGGUUGAAAUAUAUGAAGAAAAUCCAACAUCCCACAUACAUGGUUGGAUUUUAAUAGCCUUUUCAGCUAAUUGUGGGUACAUCAUAUGACUCUGGAAAACUCCAUUGUGUACUCAAGAGUUUAAAAGGUGAAUAAUAUCUUAGUAUUAUUAUAACAAUAGUUUGACCCUGUGGACCUCUUAAUGGGAGGGCUCAGGAACUCCCAGGGGGUCCCUAGACCACACUUUGAGAACCACUGGGUUAGGAAAGUGGAAAUGAGAAUUGUGACAAUAGAAAAUUAUUUCUAGUUUGUAGUCCAGUCACUAUUGUAUGUUUUCUUCUGAUGCGCACAUUAACUAGGAAAAAAAGCAGUAGGAACUUUAGAGUACGUGACCAAAUUUAAGCCAGUUCUUUUUUUGACAACGUUGAAAUGUCUGUGCAAGUCAGGUGGAUUUUUGGUUGCAAGUAACAGAAAACCCUUCAAAUAUUUGCCUAAAGGGAAUUUAUUAGCUCACUGAUUUAUCAGUUCAGGCUGCUAUAACAGAAUACUAUAGACUGAGUGGCUUAAACAACAAGUAUUUAUUUCUCAUGCUUCAAGAGACUGGAAGUCCGAGUUCAGGGUGCCAGCCUUGUCGGGUUCUUGGUGACGGCUCUCUUCCUGGUUAUGGCCUCACGUGGUCUUCCUUCGUGCAUGUGUGCACAGAGAGAGAGAUCUCAUGUCUCCUCUUUUUAUAAGGACACUAAUCCCAUCACAGGGACUCCACCCACGUGACCUCAUCUAAACCUGAUCACCUCCCAAAGGCCUCAUGUCCAAAUACCAUCUCACUGGGGGUCAGGGUUUCAAUAUAUGGUGGGACAGUAUAUUCAAUUUUGGGGGGAUACAAACAUCCAGUCCAUAGCAUUCACAAAACUGAAAAGUUCGAACAAAGCAUGAUCCACGAGCAUGAUGAUGUCCUCAAAAACACAUCUUGCAAAGGCCCAGUUUCUUAUCUUCUCCCUCAUCUCCUAACAGAGGUAAGUGCUUUCUCGUUCGUGGCCUCUAAAAGAAUAUCUUUGUCCUGUCAUUCCCAGCCAAAAUCCUGAGAUUUAUUCUGUUUCAGUUUAGGUAGCUGUGUUCACCUUAGACUAAUUACUGUGACCAGAUGAAUAUAACUUGCUGGUUGACUUAAAUUAAGUCACGUGCUCUGUUUGGCAGGCAAGAGUAGAAUUGGUGUCUCUGGAACCACGUUGUGCCACAGACCACAAUCUGGGCUCUGCAGAAGGUGCUAGGAGAGCAGUCUGCUGUAGUCAACUCAUCUCUUAAAUUAUUCCCCUGACAAAUGUUAGUAAGCCAGGUACUGGUGAGCAGUAGGGAAAUGAAGAUGGAGCAUGCAGUCCCUGCCCUCAGGGAGUUCGCUGAGAUGGACAUACAAAUGAGGAAGGUGCUACCUGUAAUAAAAAUACAUUCAUGUCUGUUGGGGUCAGCUUUGCUGGGCCCUUGGGCCUUGGGGAAGGCCUGUGUUUAAGCUGAACCAAUUUCUCUCUCUCCUUUAACUGUAGAAAGUAAGAUAUAUAGAAGUGCGUAAUAAAGUUUCCCACUCCUCAUGAGUGCCUACCUUAAAUACAGUUGGGUAUGUAAACAAAAAUGAAAUCAUAAUAUUUAUCUUGUUCUGUAAUUCCGUUUUUUACUCAGCCAUAUAUUGUGGGCAUCCUUCAUUGUCAACGUAUAUAGAUCAACUUCAUUUUUGUUUUAAUAGCUCAAUAGUAGCUAUAAUGCAUUCUCCCGUUUGUUAGAUCUUCUAGUGGUCUCCAGUUUUUGUAGUUUUUACUAUUAUAAGGCUGCAGUGAACUUCCAUAUGCAUGUAACUACGUGUUUCCCCAAGUAUUUCCAUAAAAGUGAAUUGAAAGAUCAAAGAAUAUAUGUUUUGAAUUUUGAUAAGCACUUAUCACUCCCCUAAUUUGGAGCCAGAUAUUGAAGGUUGUGCAUUAGGUGGACAAGGCAAAGAGAAAGGCAGUGUGUAAGGAGCAGUGUAUAUAAAUCCUUAGCUAGGACUAUCUGGAGCAUUCAGGGCAGGGACCUUCCCAGGCAAAACCAUCUGAAAGGGCAACCUUCAAAAUGUGUGACCUCACGAGCCUUAUAAGCAGAAGAAGGCAAUCCUGGAAGACCACCCCAAGACCUGGCAAGCCAUUCAUGCUGACAUGUUAAAACCCUAAGGCUGACUAAUCUGUCCAGAACUUGAACACACGUGUUAGUUAAAAUCUGUAUGUAUGUGUUAUAGUACAAAUAAUUAGCAUCUGAUUUGUUAAUUGUCAAGAAGGUAACAUUUUUGGAUUCUAAAGUCCUUUGUUCCCACAGUUAUAUUUCAGAUUACUUUACUGUGUUUAGGUGUGGUUCAAUAAGAGAUCUACUUACGUAAAAGGAAGUUGUUUAAAAGAAAAAUGUGUGUUCUGUCAUUGUUGAGUAGAAACAGUAGACCUUGUACUUCAAGUUUCCAAAGAAUAUAAAUACACCAUCGCUGUUUGAGGGGAUAGGAUCUAACUUUUCAUUUGAUGGCAUUAUUUUUAAAUGAACCAGCGUUACACUGCAGCUCAAUAGUUACAGUACAGAUCACCAACAUAGUUAAACCACUUUAGUGAUUUAAUGUACCACUGCCAUUAUUGUAAAAAUGCAGGCAAUAUUAAUUUCUGUUGUUUUUCUGGUAGUAUGACAGACCAUAGAUUGUAGAAAAUAACUGGUCAGAAUUUUAUAAUUCACAGAGGCUGCUAGGCCAACAUGUGUCCUACUUAACAACCCUAAAAAUCUCUAAAUUUGUUUCUCUGUGGUUCAGAAACAAUAUUCAAUUUCCCU